UAUGAAAAUUAAAUUUGUAAGUCCUUUUCGACACGAAAAUGAUAAUGGGGACUUUUCACGAGCCGAUUUUUGCCGUGCGGUGAAGCUUUUCGACUCGUGUGAACGUAAGUCACAGGCGAUUAAAGUGACAAUCCCCAUAGAAAAAUCCUAGUCGACCGACAUAUCGUGCGGCUAAAAUCGACUCGUGAAAAGUGGGCAUAAAGUCAAGAAAAAAUAUCAGAAAAUACGUUUUUGAACAAAAAAAAAAUCAAAACGUCAACGCCAGGAAAACUCUCCACAUAAUCCGGAAAGCUGUGUACUGAAAAACUGAAAGCAUAUUGGAAUUUUGAUUUCUUUCUUUCUCUAAGCACAAACCAAUGUAACAUGAAGUCGAGUUUCAUAUACAGGGUGCCUUUAUUACAGGGCACCCUCUUUAUUAUUUUGUUAGUUUUUUGUUUUUUUUUUUACUCGGCACUGUUUGUGUAUAAUUCUGCCGCAAACAAAAACGACGCAACGCCACUGAUUCCGGAUCCAAAGACGAUCAAGCUGUGAGAUCUUAGCUAGAUGAAGUCAAUCGAAUUAUCUGAGGUUUUAAUAAAAGUUUUCAUUUCAUACGGUUAGCACGUAAGCACACACUGUUUUUACUCACUAGCCGUGAGCUACCGCAAGUUCCACCUCCGGGCUUCUUAAGUGCUUUGUCCCAUCAUCGUCUCACCAUCGAUCGAUCACAUCUUUGAAUGUUUAUCAACUAAUACAAAAAGUUUGGUUUUAUAAAUCGCGAAAUAAACUUCAGAUUUGGGAAUACAAGUUCAAAAUCAGUUUCAUGUCAUUUUAGUUUAUAUGUUUUACAAAUUUUAAAUAAGUGUAUGUUGGUACAAAGUGCCUUUUGGUGUAUUGAGUUAUUCGACUUUUUCAAAUAUAAUAAAGCAAAAACGAAUAUAAACAACAGACAAUCAUUGUUAAAAAUAUUACAUAAUGAAUAAUCCAAAUGUAUUUGGAAAUAAAAUUUGGAUUGCAGCGGUGGUUUUCUGUGUAGGAAUUACGAUAUCGCAGUUUCCAGUUUUUGCAGCUCCGCAGAAUAAUGAAAAAAACGAGACGCCUUUUCCAUUAGAACUUCAACCUCCAUUGGUUGAUAAUUUACAAGACGCCAUUGAUAGCUAUGGUAAUCCAAUAACUUACUCUCAGCCGAUAGAAACUCCGGAUGGCCGAAAAGUUAUUACCGCCCAAGGGGUACAAUUUGAAAUUCCCAAUUAUGCUUCUGGAAUAACUGAGAUCAAGAAGCCAAUUCAGAAUUUGCUUCCGCCAUUUGUUGAUCCCAAUGCUGUUCAACAACAAAACGAUGCUUUCUACAGUCAGGGAACUGACUACUCCGCAACACAACAGGAAUACACAUUGCCUGAUUGGCUAGCGGAUUUCAAUGACCCCGAUGUUGGACCAGGUGUCCCUUAUACUCCAUCUAGUGAUGAAAACUCUCUAAAAAUACUAUCUUGGGAUUUAGUGCCUCCAAAAGAAAGUGAUCCUCAGGCACAAGAAACCAACUUUGGCAUAAAUCAACAUAAUACAUUUCCCUUAAAAUUAACAACCAAUCAAGGAUUUAAAAUCAAUGGAGGAGCUCAAACUACGUUUAGUCUGCCAAUAAUCACAACGACAACUACUACAAGGCCAACUACAACAAGCAAAAAGACAACAGCUAGAACUACGCUGACAACGACGACAACUACAACUACUCCAUCACCCGCCACAACAACCACAGAAGUAAUUAGUUCUUCUAAUAGCAUUUCUGAUGAAGUGUUUGCUCUUCCAGGAGGGAAUUCUGAAGUUCUUCCAUCAUGGUUGGAAGGAUUUGAUGACCCUGAAUUGUCUAUAGCGGUUCCAUUUGAAGUUCCCGAAGAUAACAAAGAAUAUAACCACACACUCUCAAGUAAUCUGCUUCCACCGUUGGAGCCGUUUGAAGAUCUUAAAAUUUUAAGUGUUUCUGGUUUUCCACCAAGUCAAGUUCAUUCAGUUGUAAAAUCAACGUCCACAGCACUUCCUAACACAACUCCUUUAUCUAUCCGCACAACUUCUGUAAGACCACCCUCAUCAACUUUCAAGCCAUUUCAAUUUCAAUUUGUAACAAACCGACCAAUCACAUUAACCCAAAAACCUAUCUUCAAUACUUCCCCAAAAACCACAAAUAAACCAAUGACAAACUUCAGCGCAAUCACUGAAAAUCCAAACACAAUUCGAAUACCUCAAUUAACGUUGAAGUCAUCGGCACAACCAACCGGGUUCACACCAAGUUCUUUUGUGGCAACACAGCCCACUGUGAAACCAACAGUGCAGCCAGUUUUCAGUCCGUACUUCCACUCAAGAAUUGGCCAAAAUGGAUUUACAUCUUAUUCGAAAAUCACGUCAACAAUGGCAACUCCAACUCCAUCAUGGCUGACAGGUAGUGUCAAAUCAGGACAGGGAGUCCCUUUUUCAUUACCUGAAAAAAAGGAAUCACAGCAAUCAUUUAAUGGAAUCCUUCCAACAACAAAUCAUGUCGCAGAGCAAACUGUUGAUGGGGUAACAAUACAAAAAUCAAUUUCAUCUGAGCUUCCACCAUUGAAUUUCAUUCAUAACUCUAUCCCAUCCCAGUCCAUUGUCCCAACCAAUCAAGCUUUUAUUUUUACUUCUACACCAAUACCGGAACCAUCGAGACUUUUUACACCGCCUGCUGUAGUGCUGCCAGACAAGGACGUAAAUUCGAACAUCGACGGAAACUUGCAAUUGCAAACCAUUCCAAUAAACAGUUACAAUUUUGCAGAACCAACAGAACAGACCACAAAACCAACUUCCAAAUUUACAUUUAAUAAGAGCGACCAAGGAAAAGUGAUUUCAAAUAGCGUCUUUCAACCAGUUCAACUAUCGACAAGGACAGAUCCCCCAAUUUCGCAACCCACUCCAAUUGGUUUUACAAGCUCAACUCUUGUUCCCAAUUUAUCACCGCAGUCGGCAACCACGGGAACAGUUUUUGGAGGCAAAUACACGGGAGGGUUCGGAGGUGCUCCUGGAUUUUUGGGUGGUCAAAGUAGGCCAGGAUAUGCAGUUCAACCUGAUGGUUCAAUUCGGGACCCUGAUCACACUGUACGUCCAUUGGGACAGGUGGCAGCACCUUCGGUGAAUUUACAAUCACGUUUUGAUAUUCCAAGAGUAUCAAAUUCUCAAACUACCACUACAGCAACUGGUCCAAAGAGGGUUUAUACAGGUUCAUUUGGAGGUCCUCCAGGUGUUCUGGUUCCUUUUGACAAUGUGUCGGUAGCCUAGUUUAAUUCUUUGUAAUUGAAAAUUUUAAUGUUGAGUGCUCACAUUCUUUUUUUUUUGUAUAUAAAUACUAUAUGUAUGUGUUUUCCUAGUUAUUUAAAUACCUUCUCUCAAUAAAAAUAAAUAAUCUCUGGUUUGUAAUCUUACUUAUCUUUGUAGAUUAAGUUGCUUAAUAUUGACAUCUAUUUGAUGAGAUCUUUUAUUCUGUUAUGGAUUUCCAUACAAAAUCUUUGAUGUUUUUCAUAAUACGUAUUCGACACGCCAAAAUCUGUUUUAUGAAUCAUAACAGAAUAAAAGGCAAUUUUUGUGUCAUUCUUCAUCAUAAAAGAUUUUAUAAGAGUAACAAGUUUUUGAUGAUGCAAAUGUUUUCCCUCAUAAGUUUCAUUAAUAAAAUCUUGCGGGGAAACUAAGAAAUAACCCAAGAAAUGCAAUGAAUUAAAUUUUAGAAAAUUCCAGGUAAAAUAAGUUUGGGCGACUCGGCUCGGUCUGUAAAAUGAAGAGUGCAACUGGCUACUAACUUUAAAAAAAUCAGACAUGACGCCAACUGAGGCAUAAUUUCAUUGGCAGAUGCCAUGAUACAACUACUAAAGAUAUGGGAUUGCGCAUGUUUGGUGUUGGUGUCAUGUCACAUUUUUAUACGCCUCAAUGACGUCACUGAGUUGAGGCAAGUAAGUAUUUUUG